AUGGCGCGCCCACCAGACCCGACUGAAGAGCGAUUCGAGCGCCUGGAGGCUGAGGUGCUGCAGUUGAGAGAGCAGAUUGCUUACAUCCAAAACCAACAGGCAGCCAGCGCGCAAGCGCAACGCAGUAUUCCGCAGCACGACGCUAUGAAUAGUUAUGUAACUACUUCCACAUCCUAUGGCGCCGGAGUGUCGUCGCGCUCCCUGGUCCAACCAAGUCCUCGAGGCAGCUAUGGCAGCGCGGCCGGCGCAAACACUUUCAAUGCAGGCCCUCCUACGUCCUAUCGAGCAGCUACUUCUUUCGAUCGGGCCUCGCCUUCGAUCAACAGCAACGCCGUCACAUCCCCACUCUCGGGUCUGGGCGAGGGCCGCAAGCGGAAACGAAACCAGAUCGAGCUUCGCCGGGAUGUACCUUCCGACUUCGUCACCAAAGGACUCAUGAGCAUUGAACAGGCGCGAAUGUUCUGGGUAUCCUUCUUCCAAGGCUGCGACAGGUUUGUCCCAGUCUUUGAUCCCAACUAUGACACCUUUGAUUCUGUCCGCAUGCGCAGCAGUUUCUUGUUCAAUGCCAUCUGCACGAUGGGUUGCACCGUAUCUGGGAGUGAUGCGCAACUCCCUCAUGUGCUCAACUUUGAGCUCAAGAAGCUUGUCAAUCAGGUGGUCAUGACGCAGGAGCGGCAGUCGCUAGAGGCAGUUCAAGGCUUGCUGGUCAUUGCUUGCUACUCGCCCGAACGGUCGCUGGUCUUGUCAUUUGCAGCGCGCCUCGCCUUGGAGAUCGACCUACCAAGUGCUUUUGAUGACCUCACUGCUUCUUUAAUGGCUACGGAACAGACAUCGACCGUUGACAAGGCGCAUCUUAUACGCUGCUCACGGACAUGGUUCGAACUGCUCGUGCUUGAGAACAUGCUCCAAGUCGACGCCGGUAAGCUACCAAGCUUUGCGUCCAAGGGUUCUGCGAGACGAUGCAGAGUACUCUUACAACAGACGGAGACUACGCUGCUUGAUCUCCGCCUGCUUUCUCAGGUUGAGCUCAACUAUCUUCGUACCAAGAUUCACGAUGCCCUUGAAAAGCGGGACGGCGGUUCUGAUGAAGAUAUCCUGGAUGAGAUCCGAGAUGCACGCAUCGACAUCGAUCUCUGGUUCAACGAUUGGAAAUCACUUAUGGAGCACUCGUCAAUCGCCGGCGCCGAGCGUCCAAUGCUAUUGAUCAAUCUACGUGUGCAGCGCCACUGGUGCGAAGCCAUGUUCUACUUUCGCGGCCUGAAGUGCCUCGGCAUUGAGAACAUCGAUGCCAUGGGCCCGGCCGGCCGGCAGCUCCUAGCUAUGGCCAAAUCGUCGCUCAAGGCUCACCUCGCAACCACACUCGAGGAGCCGAAUUUCUACCUCGCCAACCUGCGCUUCGCUAUGGACUUCUCCUGGGCAAAAUGCGCCUUUUGCUUCCUCCUCGUCCUGAAGCUGACGCGCCUCCUCCCCGAGAGCGAAGAGGAUAACUACCGCCUCCUGGAGGACGGCAACAAGCUCUACCAGCACCUCAGCAAUGCCGGCACCUAUGCUGGCAGCAGCACGAGCCGGCUCUACGUCCAGGUCCUGGGCGUCAGUCUCGAAAAGUAUGGCCGUGCCCUACGACAGUAUCAGCAGGGUCAGCAGAGCCAGUCGGCCGGCCCAACCUUCUUCUGGGAGUCUAGCGACGCCAACUUGGAGCUGCAGAGCUUCGUGCCCGAGCAAUUUGUCUUCGAGUGGAAUUUCCCCGGUUUGACCUUGUUCUCGAGCCCGACGGCUUGGCAGGAGUUCUUUGAUGACUAUCUUUUGGGGUUUGGGGGCGAGAGUGGCCAGCAGACUAGUGUAUGA